GACGACCGCUGGAUUGAAAAUUGGAAAGUACAUACCGUAUGUGGCGAAGUUUCGGAUAUACUACUAAGCGCCCCCCCCCUCCCCCCUAAUCAUGAACUCAGCCCAGUGAUGCUUACCUCUCUACAACAACAGCACCAACCGCGGGGAAGUUCACAAAGCUUGAGAAACAUUCCAUAAGAAACCACGACCAUCGAGCUGCUGCCUACACGGAGGCGACGCGCCGGAGAAUUCGCUGCUGACUACGGCAGCGCGGAGGCGACGCGCCGGAGGUGGAGCUGCUGCUGCUUCUGGUCGGCCGUACGUCAAGCCGCUGCGUCGGGUACCAAAUCGAGGGGGAAAAGAUAACAGUUAUCUUGUUUCAAAAGUACUGUGCUCUGGUAUUGAUUACAAAUGGAUACCAAAAUCGGUACUAUAAACAAGGUUCAUCUAGAGCGCAUGGUGCUUGAUCGAAGUGCAGAGCCAACAUACCUGCCGUUAUCACUUUUGGAAGACAUCACAGACUGUUUUUCCGAUGAUCAACAAAUUGGCAGCGGUGGAUUUUCCAUAGUUUAUAAGGGAAUGGUGGGGAAAAAGAUGGUCGCUGUGAAGAAACUAUCCCAAACGAUGCAUGAGAAUAAAUUCCACAGAGAAGUUGAAUGCAUUACGAAGGCCAAGCACAAAAACAUAGUGCGUUUCCUUGGAUACUGUUCUGACACGCAAGGGAGAAUUGAAGAUUACCAAGGAAAGUUUGUCAUGGCAGAUGUACGAAACUGGUUGCUAUGUUUUGAGUACGUACCGAAUGGAAGUCUCAUCGAGUAUAUUACCGAUCCAUCUCGUGGACUUGAAUGGAGAGAGCGAUACCAAAUAAUUAAGGGAAUCUGUGAGGGACUACUUCAUCUUCACGAGAAGCGUAUCCUCCACCUAGAUCUCAAGCCUAGUAAUGUAUUGAUUGAUAUUCACAUGGUACCCAAAAUUGCUGAUUUUGGCCUCUCAAGGUGCCUUGAUAAAGACCAAACCCGUGACUUCACUUCAAACAUAUGUGGAUCACUGGGAUACAUGGCACCCGAAUUCUUCAUAGGACAAGUCACUUUUGCAUCAGACAUAUACAGUCUUGGUAUUAUAAUUAUGGAGAUUCUGACAGGAGAGAAGGGGUAUCAGGAAGAACAGGAUGUAGUUGAGAAUUGGAUGAAUCGGUUGGAGGCAGCAGAUCAAAAGGAGACGCAGUUGGAGCAAGUAAGAGUAUGCACUACGAUAGGGAUAGAGUGCAUGGACCCUAACCCAAAGAAGAGACCGUUUGCACAUCAUAUAGUCAAUAAGCUUGAUAAAACGGCAAGUAUCGUCGAAACUGGCAUCACUAGUCCAUCUGUUGAGCAGCAGGUUAGAUCCCUAAAAGAACAACACAGUCAAAGGAAAAUUGUGGAUCUUUCACUUGAGUAUCUCCUAGAAGAACAACACAGUCAAAGGAAAAUUGUGGAUCUUUCAUUUGAGUAUCUCAUAAAAGAUAUGAACGGGCGCACUAAAACGGAAGAACUCAUGGAAUUUAUUGGGGCAUUUAAAGAUCAUUGGCGGCACGCGAAAGAACAUCGGUGGUCACUACGGGGAGUGCAUCGUACAAAGCAAAAUACCAGCCAACAACAAGGGGCAAGUAUUUCUAGCUCUAACUCUGUUGUGCUCAACAAGUUGAACAUCUUUAGUACAAAAGCACGCAGGAAUUAUGCCAGGAAUGGUGGGCCUAUGCUUGAGAAAAUAGAUAUGUUGAAACUUUUCAAGAAGGAGGAGCUUAAGCCAGCUAUUAAGGACAAGAACCGUAUUGGAAGAGAUGUCUUUGAAGAAGUUUACAUAGGCCUUGUUGAUAGAGUACCAGUCAUAGUAAAGAAGCAGAUUAGUGGUAUUGUGCUACAAAAUGGACAGUUUGCAAAGGAAGUCAUUAUCCAAUCUCAAGUCCUCCACAAGAACAUUGUUAGGCUCAUAGGUUGUUGCGUGGAAGUUGACAUCCCGAUGCUAGUAUAUGAGUAUCUCUCCAAUGACAGCCUCCAUGACAUUCUUCACAGCAAUUGCAAGGUACGUCUCAACUUGGGCGUGCGUUUAAAUAUUGCCACAGAAUCAGCACGUGGUCUAGCUUAUAUGCAUUCAAGGCACAAUAUCUUACAUGGUAAUAUUAAAUCAGAAAAUAUACUCUUGGAUGACCAUUUUGUGCCAAAGAUCUCAAAUUUUUGCAUAUCAAGAUUGACCGGGAGAGGCUACAAACACACCAGAAUAGCCAAGGGUGACGAUGCUUAUAUGGAUCCAGUAUACCUACAAACAGGCCUACUUAGCGAAUAUAGUGAUGUGUACAGUUUUGGAGUCGUUAUAUUGGAACUUCUUAGCAGGAAGAAGGCCACACACUCGGACAAUAAUAGCUUAGUAAGGAAUUUCCUUGAGAAUCACAAGCAGAGUAGGAAAUCAACCGAGCUAUUUGAUGAGAAAAUUGCAGUGGUGGAGAAUCUGGAGCUUCUUGACAAUCUGACACAACUUGUUGUGGAAUGUCUUAGCAAAAACUUGGAUCUAAGACCGAAAAUGAUAGAUGUUGCAAAGCGGCUCCACAUACUGAAUGAAUCUCGUGGCCAGUGGGUCUUAAGUUGACAAGUCGAUGCAUUUACUAGUUUAGUUUGAACUUUAAACGACAUAUAUGUAGCAUCGAAUAAGCUUCUGAUAGGUGCAAUUAGAGUGAUGUGUGAUGAUCGACGUGUAA